CUGGGGGCGGCUCCGGAACACUUCCGGGAGAGGCACCCUUGCUGAAGAAUGUGUUGUGUAUCUCCUGCUACCGCACACAUCACCCGGCUCAAGUAGAGGGCACGCAACUGGGGGCUAGCAGCCCACCUGCCCUGAGGCCAGCAGUCUGUAGUCAUGGACCGGGACCUUCUGCGUCAGUCCCUGAAUUGCCAUGGGACGUCUUUGCUCUCCCUACUCCGGAGUGAACAGCAGGACAAUCCGCACUUCCGGAGCCUCCUGGGGACGGCGGCGGAGCCUGCUCGGGGUCCGCCGACCCAGCAGCAUUUACAGGGCAGAAAAGAGAAGAGAUUUGACAACGUGGAACUACAAAAAUUUAUCUCCAAAAAAGCGGAUUUGCUCUUUGCACUUUCCUGGAAAUCAGAUGCGCCUGCAAUUUCCGAAGUUCAUGAAGACAGUGAAGAGCAUUUUGCAGUCAUGCCCCCUUUAGAGCAGUUUAUGGAGGUACCUAGUGUGGAUCGGAGAGAGCUGUUUUUCCGAGAUAUUGAGCGUGGUGAUAUAGUAAUUGGAAGAAUUAGCUCCAUUCGGGAAUUUGGUUUUUUCAUGGUGUUAAUCUGUUUAGGAAGUGGCAUCAUGAGAGAUAUAUCCCACCUAGAAAUCACAGCUCUUUGCCCAUUAAGAGAUGUGCCUUCGCAUAGUAACCACGGAGAUCCUUUAUCGUAUUACCAAACUGGUGACAUCAUUCGAGCUGGAAUCAAGGAUAUCGACAGGUACCAUGAAAAGCUUGCAGUAUCUCUGUAUAGCUCAUCUCUUCCACCACACCUGUCUAAUAUUAAACUAGGUGUGAUUACUUCUGAAGAGCUUCCUUUUUACUACAGGAGGAGUGUUGAACUAAAUAGUAAUUCUUUGGAAUCCUAUGAAAAUACCAUGCAGAGUUCUUUGGGAUUUGUUAAUCCAGGAGUAGUUGAACUCCUCCUAGAAAAGCUAGGAAUAGAUGAAUCUAAUCCACCAUCUUUAAUGAGAGGCCUACAAAGCAAAAAUUUCUCUGAAGAUGAUUUUGCAUCUGCAUUAAGAAAGAAACAGUCUGCAUCUUGGGCUUUAAAAUGUGUGAAGAUUGGAGUUGAUUAUUUUAAGGUUGGACGUCAUGUGGAUGCUAUGAAUGAAUACAAUAAAGCUCUGGAAAUAGACAAACAAAAUGUGGAAGCUUUGGUAGCUCGUGGAGCAUUGUAUGCAACCAAAGGAAGUCUGAACAAAGCAAUAGAAGAUUUUGAACUUGCAUUAGAAAACUGUCCAACUCACAGGAAUGCAAGAAAAUACCUCUGCCAGACACUUGUAGAAAGAGGAGGGCAGUUAGAAGAAGAAGAAAAGUUUUUAAAUGCUGAAAGCUACUAUAAGAAAGCUUUGGCUUUGGAUGAGACUUUUAAAGAUGCGGAGAAUGCCUUGCAGAAACUUCAUAAAUAUAUGCAGAAAUCUUUGGAAUUAAGAGAAAAACAAGCUGAAAAGGAAGAAAAGCAGAAAACAAAGAAAAUAGAAACAAGUGCAGAAAAGUUGCGUAAGCUCUUAAAAGAGGAGAAAAGGUUAAAGAAGAAGAAAAGAAAAUCAUCUUCCUCUUCAAGUGUUUCAUCUGAUGAUGAAUCUGUUUCUUCUUCCUCAUCCUCUUCCUCUUCUGAUCACAGAAGGCAUAAGAAACAUAAGAGGACCCGUUCAGAGUCUUCUCGCAGUUCCAAAAGGCAUGCGUCUAGGGCAUCCUCAAGUCAGGUAGAUCAGAAUAGGAAAGAUGAGUCCUACCCAGUUCCAGCUAAUACUUCAGCAUCUUUUCUUAAUCAAAAACAAGAAGUGGAAAAACUACUGGAAAAGCAGGAUAAGUUACAAUAUCCAAAGACACAGGUAAAAGAGAAAGAUAGAUGCCCUCUCUCUUCAUCUUCAGUUGAAAUACCGGAUGAUUUUGGAGGUAGGUCUGAAGAUCCAAGAGAUUUUUAUAAUAGCUAUAAACCCCAGGCAGGUGGUAGCAAAAUAGAAAAGCCAUACAAAUCAGAAAGACAUUUUUCCAGUAGAAGAAAUUCCUCAGAUUCCUUCUGUAGGAAUUCAGAGGACAAAAUGUAUGGUUAUAGGAGAAUUGAAAAAGACACAGAGGGAAGAAAAGAGCAUCAUAGAAGGUGGGAGCCAGGUUCCAUGAGAUACUCCACUUCACCAGCCAGUUCAGACUACUCCUGGAAGUCAGUUGAAAAACACAGGAAAUACACUUAUUCUGGAUCACGUGAUUUUGGCAGACAUGAGCAAAGGUGCCGAUUAGAUAUCAAUCAAGGAGAUUAUGAAAAAGAGGACAGUUCUAGGGAAUAUAAUAAAACACAAGUUCCAGAUGGAUUAGCUAGCAAAGAGCAAUCAGAAAGCAAAAUUAGAAAAAAUUUACCUCAAAAUUUACUCAAUAUAUUUAAUCAGAUAGCUGAAUUUGAAAAAGAAAAAGGAAGUAAGCCAAAAAACUAAUACACCAGGGAAAUUUGUGCCAUUCUACUAAGCAUUGCUAAUAGUGUAUUUUAAUCAUAACAGUCUGAUGCAGAAAUAUCUGCUAAAAUAAUUUGUAGAGAUUACAGAAAGCUCAAAUUUUAUUUCAGUUGUAGGUCCCUUUGUCACAAGUUGAGUUUUAGGCUUUCCAUGGGGUAUGUUUAUGUACAGUAUAUCUCUUAAUGUGACAAUUUACAUUUCUUUACCUAAUGGUAAUUCUCUGAUCGCUUGUGGACCAUUUGGCUAAGAUCAAGUGUGGUAAUUCUCUGAAAACAUUGUUGCUUCAUUGUAUUGUGGUAUAUGCAAAUUCCUGGCCCAUCCUAUCUUGCUGUUUGGCAGAAAGUUAAAUUUGCACAUUAAAUGCUUGGAUCAUUUCAUCCAAAAUUACUCUUCUUUUAAAUUAAAAGCCCUCAGGUUUUGAAAGAGUAUAUUUGAAUGUCUCUUGUACUAUUUUAUAUAAUUAAUUUGUUUAAUUAUUAAUUUUGGAGGGCAGAGUUUUAUUUUAAAAUGGUUGAUCGUAUCUAUUAAUUUGCCUCCAAAAAGCCUAAUUUAAAAUUGGUCUGUGAACACUCAUUGGUUUUUACCUAGCUUACCAAAUACCUUCCAAUAAGACCAGGAAAGUUGAUUAGGAACCUGUUUUGCUUAUUUAUCCAUUUUUUACUUAUUGUUACAUUGUGGCCAUAAGAAAUUUUACCUUAAUCACAGGUAAGGCCCUCAGAGUCUGUAUUCUAGGCAAGAGCAGAUGAGAAUAGAAACUAAUCCUUUUAACAAAAAUAGCAGUGGUGGAGAAGCACACUGUAAAGCUUGUUAUUCCUCUGGAGAAAGAAAAUUAGGAAACUGUCCUAGUAUUGCAAAUGUUAUGCUAGAAAGUUGCUAGGCAUGUUUUUCAAUAGCCUACGGCUGGCCUGCAUUUGUACUUUUCUUCCUUAGCACCUGCCACCCUUACUGCCUUCUUUCUCAAGAUCUGAAUAAAAGGCUAGGCCAACCAGAGCUUGAUUUUACUCAGAAUAAAUGUCAACAGCUAAAGCUAAAGAAGGAAGGACUUGGAUUUUUAAAAUCUCAAAAUUACUGAAAAUAGUAAUUUCUCUGGAAGCUAUUGAUAAAAAGUACAAGCUAUAGGAUUAUAAUGCUUUUUAGAAUCUUUAUAAUUUGAAAUUUUUAAAGCUAUAAAUGGCAGUGGAAUUUUAAGUCUCAUCACUCAGGAUGACACAGGAUGGGUGUAGGUGGGAGGGUAGUUGGGUAUCCCAUCUACAAAGGAAGAAGAGACCAGUUUCUUAUUCUGCCUUGCUUCUUGCCACCAGUAAAAUGUCAAACCGUUAAUACUGGUAUUUAUACUAUUUGUGUCCUUCAAAUUCUUGAGAAGUGAGCCUAAUGGGAAAAAUCUGAAAUUCAUUUUGUAAUGGAACCCAAAAAAGAAACCCUGGUUAAGAACAUAGAUAAUGGCAGUAGGAAUAGGCUAGUCACUCAUGCACCAGUCUUGUAACAAGAAACAGUGUUCUCUGUAUUAACAGUUUUACUGUCAUCCCUAUACAGUUCUACAUAAUAGGGUUUGUGUUAUUGAAGUCCUGGGGAUCCAUUGAACCAAGGGCCUCUCACAUGCUAGGUAAGCAUUCUACUAUUGAGUUAUAUCUCCCCACCCCCACUAUGUUUU